CCGCGGCCGCCAGGGGCGGAGGUGACAGCGGGCCCGGGACGGGCGGUCGCAAGUGCCCGCCGCGCCGAGGGACCGCCGGGCGACGGAGAGCAGGUGGGAAGGAUGGAGACUGGCUCAGUGGUUCGCGCCAUUUUUGACUUCUGCCCUAGCGUAUCAGAGGAGCUGCCGCUCUUCGUGGGAGAUGUUAUUGAGGUGUUGGCAGUGGUGGAUGAAUUUUGGCUUCUAGGGAAGAAGGAGGACGUCACAGGACAGUUCCCCAGCAGUUUUGUGGAAAUUGUGACCAUUCCCAGCCUAAAAGAGGGAGAGAGGCUGUUUGUUUGCAUCUGUGAGUUUACAUCCCAAGAACUGAACAGUCUUCCCCUCCAUCGAGGUGACCUGGUGAUUCUUGAUGGUGCUCCCAUUGCAGGCUGGCUGCAGGGCCGAAGCUGCUGGGGCGCUCGGGGUUUCUUCCCAUCCUCGUGUGUCCGGGAGCUCUGCCUCUCAUCUCAAAGCCAGAAGUGGCACUCACAGAGUGCACUGCUUCAGAUUCCUGAAUAUUCCAUGGGACAAGCCCGCGCUCUGAUGGGACUGUCUGCCCAACUGGAUGAGGAGUUGGACUUCAGGGAAGGCGAUGUGAUUACUAUUAUUGGAGUUCCUGAGCCAGGCUGGUUUGAAGGGGAGUUAGAGGGUCGAAGAGGCAUUUUUCCUGAAGGUUUUGUGGAGCUUUUGGGUCCCCUGAGGACUGUUGGUGAGUCAGUAAGUUCUGGAAGUGGAGAGGACUCUGUUGCUAAUGGUGAAGUAGAUGUUCCUCUAGGAGAAGAGAGAGGGCCUGAUGAGGAUGAAGAGGAACCAGGGACUUAUGGCAUCGCCCUGUACAGAUUCCAAGCCCUGGAGCCCAAUGAGUUGGAUUUUGAGGUCGGGGAUAAAAUUAGAAUUCUGGCAACCUUGGAAGAUGGCUGGCUAGAAGGAUGGCUGAAGGGCAGGACAGGCAUCUUUCCUCACCGGUUUGUAAAGCUACGUCCUAACGCCAGGGCAGAAGCUAUGACUCUGCCCCAAGAAGGCAGCCUCGCCAAGACCCCUGAAAACUCUUCAGAGGAGCUAAUACAUGAAUGUCAGGAGUGUGAACCAGAGACACCCAGCAGUGUUCUCUCAGAUUCCUCCGCUUCUCCAGAUCGUCGGACUCCUGAGUAUGAUGUAAAUAAGAACUCUGCUCAAGAUGCAGGCACCUCAGAAGAAGGUCAUCCCAGAAGUCCAGGCGUGGAGCAUGGAAAACCUCUUGCUAAAGGCUCUUCCAUGCCUGAGCCUUCAGAAGUAGUCAAUGGUUUUCCCUCCCAAUCACAGGUACAUUUUUAUCCCAAAGUGCAGAAAAAACAGUAUUAUUCUACACUAGGAGGGAGCCACCAAAGCUCAGAACAGUUCUCUGACCUUCUUCCUCUGGAAGCCAGGACUAGAGACUACUCCACCCUCCCUCCCAGAAGAACAUAUACCCAGCCCCGAGCCCUUCAGAAGCCAGCGCCCUCCCUCCACAGGGCCUCUUCCCUCACAGCCUCCAGGGCAACCAAACCCAGCCAACUGAGCCCUCAGCUGCAGGCCAUGGCACAGUAUGCUACAAAGCGCCUCACAUCCAAAGGAAAUGCCCCCCUCGUCUGCUCUGAGUCAGAGAGAUCACAGAGGAAGCCUGGUCUGCAAGGCAAGGGACCUGCUGUAGACCUCAUCACACUGUCACAGGGAGAGGGCAGCGUUGACCUGGAUUCCAAGUUGACACAGCAGCUGAUAGAGUUUGAGAAGAGCCUGUCAGGGCCUAGUGCAGAGCCGGAGAAAAUUUUGCGACACUUUUCAAUCAUGGACUUUAACUCCGAGAAGGAUAUCGUUCAAGGUUCCUCAAAGAUAAUCCCCCCACAGGAGCUGCCUGAGAGGAAGAGGACCUUGAGGCCACCACCACCCCGGCCUUGUACUCCAGCAUCCACUUCUCCCCAUCUGCUGGUUGAGCAGAGCCCGAAACCUGGGCCCCCUUUGGUCAUGCGGCCCUCUCGUCCAGCUCCCCUGCCUCCCUCUGCACAGCGGAGGAUGAAUGUAGGCUCCCCCAAGCCCGUUUCCAGUCAGCAUCCUAGUUGGGAGGCCCCGGAAAAGGAGGCCCCUGAGCAUACAGAAAAGAGUCUGGACCAGACUUCCCCAUGCCCCUCAGUACUGGUGAGGAUUCAGGAAGUAGAACAAGACCUGGACAUGUACACCAGGGCUCAGGAAGAGCUGAACUUGAUGCUGGAGGAAAAGCAGGAUGAAUCCUUAAGGGCAGAGGCCCUUGAAAACCUUGAAUUCUAUGAGAGUAACAUUCAGAGUCUGCAUCUGGAGCUCCAGCAACUGAGAGAAAUGACACUCCUCUCCUCCCAGUCUUCAUCCCUGGUAGCCCCUUCUGGGUCUGUGUCCACUGAAAAUCCAGAGCAGAGGAUGCUGGAGAAGAGGGCCAAGGUGGUGGAAGAGCUUCUUCAGACAGAAAGAGACUACAUUCGGGACCUGGAGAUGUGCACUGAACGGAUCAUGGUGCCCUUGCAGCAAGCACAGAUACCAAACAUUGAUUUUGAGGGACUUUUUGGAAAUAUGCAGAUGGUGAUUAAGGUGUCAAAGCAAUUAUUGGCUGCCCUGGAAAUCAGCGAUGCUGUAGGACCUGUGUUUCUUGAUCACCGGGAUGAACUUGAGGGAACAUACAGAGUUUACUGCCAGAAUCAUGAUGAGGCCAUUUCACUGCUGGAGAUCUAUGAGAAGGAAGAGAGGAUCCAGAAGCACCUUCAGGAGUUCUUGGCAGAUCUUAAGAGCCUGUACAAUGAGUGGGGAUGCACCAAUUAUAUUAACCUGGGCUCCUUCCUCAUCAAGCCAGUACAGAGAGUAAUGCGUUAUCCACUGCUGCUGAUGGAGUUGCUGAAUUCCACCCCAGAGUCCCACCCAGAUAAAGUGCCUUUAACCAAUGCGGUCCUUGCUGUGAAGGAAAUUAAUGUUAACAUUAAUGAAUAUAAACGUCGAAAAGAUCUGGUUCUCAAGUACCGUAAGGGUGAUGAAGACAGCCUUAUGGAGAAGAUUUCCAAACUGAACAUACACUCCAUCAUCAAGAAGUCCAACCGGGUUAGCAGUCACCUGAAGCACCUCACUGGCUUUGCUCCUCAGAUAAAAGAUGAAGUAUUUGAAGAAACAGAAAAGAACUUCCGGAUGCAAGAAAGAUUAAUUAAAUCUUUUAUCCGAGACCUGUCCCUCUAUCUCCAGCAUAUCCGGGAAUCAGCAUGUGUGAAAGUGGUGGCUGCCGUGAGCAUGUGGGACCUGUGUGUGGAGAGGGGACAUCGUGACCUGGAGCAGUUUGAGAAGGUUCAUCGCUACAUCAGCGAUCAGCUCUUCACCAAUUUUAAGGAGAGGACAGAACGACUGGUCAUCUCUCCCUUAAAUCAGCUACUGAGCAUGUUCACAGGGCCCCACAAGCUGGUACAGAAGCGCUUUGACAAACUCCUGGACUUCUACAACUGCACUGAACGGGCAGAGAAACUAAAGGACAAGAAGACCCUGGAGGAACUGCAGUCUGCCCGGAACAACUACGAGGCCCUGAACGCACAGCUACUGGAUGAGCUGCCCAAGUUCCAGCAGUACGCCCAGGGCCUGUUCACCAACUGUGUCCAUGGCUAUGCCGAAGCCCACAGUGACUUCGUGCAGCAGGCUCUGGAGCAGUUGCAGCCACUCCUUUCAUUACUCAAAGUUGCUGGGAGAGAGGGCAACCUGAUUGCCAUUUUCCAUGAAGAGCACAGCAGGGUUCUGCAGCAGCUCCAGGUCUUCACCUUCUUCCCUGAGUCUCUUCCAGCUACCAAGAAGCCGUUUGAGAGGAAAACCACAGACCGCCAGUCUGCUCGGAAGCCCCUCCUGGGCCUGCCAAGUUACAUGCUCCAGUCGGAAGAACUCCGGGCCUCCCUGCUGGCAAGGUACCCCCCUGAAAAGCUCUUCCAAGCAGAGCGGAACGCCAAUGCUGCUCAGGACUUGGACGUCGCGCUUUUGGAAGGCGACCUGGUGGGUGUGAUCAAAAGGAAAGACCCCAUGGGCAGUCACAGCCGCUGGCUGAUUGACAAUGGAGUCACCAAAGGCUUCGUGUACAGCUCCUUCCUGAAGCCCUACAAUCCCCGGCGCAGCCACUCAGAUGCCUCCAUCGGCAGCCAUUCCUCCACUGAGUCAGAGAUCGGCAGCUGCUCCCCUAGGUUCCCACGGCAGAACAGUAACAGCACCUUGACCUUCAACCCUGCCAACAUGGCUGUGUCCUUUACCUCAGGAUCUAGCCUGACACAGUCUCAAGAUGCACCUUCAUUGAAGGAAUGCAACCCAGAAACUCUCAGUGUGUCCUUGAACCUGGGUAGUGCAGAGAGUGGUCCUUCCAGGUGCCCUUCAGAGCCAGACUCUACCUGCUGGCCUAGGCCAGGGGACUCAGCAGAUGUAGCCAGAGAUAUGAGCCAACCCACAGCCACCCCAAGAGGCUGCUACCGAAGCUCCAGGCAUUCAGAGCUGGUUGGUUACUCUGCACCAGGGCGAAAUGGGCAAGGUAAUGACUUUGUAAAAGGAAAUGCAAGAGCCACCCAGGCUCUGGAAGACAAAGUUGAAAGGCCAGAAAACAGUGAGGCCGAAGGCAACCAGGUCUAUUUUGCUGUCUAUACCUUCAAGGCACGAAACCCAAAUGAGCUGAGCGUUCCAGCCAAUCAGAGACUCAGGAUCCUCGAGUUUAAAGAUGUUACAGGCAAUACAGAGUGGUGGUUAGCUGAAGUUAAUGGGAAGAAAGGCUAUGUCCCAUCCAAUUAUAUCCGCAAAACUGAGUACACCUGAGCCCAUGCUGCCUCCCACUCAGCCUUGCUACCUUCGCUUUCAGUCUGCUGAAAGGUCUGGUGAGCCACCAAGGCACCUGCUCCUGAGACACAGGCCCUGCCACAUUGCUUAUCCUUGACAUGGUGGAGCACAAGACAAGCUUUGUCCUCGACUGGGUUGUAAACCUUUAUGAUCACUAGAAUUUCUGGAAUUUGGAAUGGACUCUGAGGCUUACAGAUGAUUCAGUGGCCAUGAGAAGAGACAAGUUCUGGGGUCAGCUUUUGGAACGAGAAAUUUCCAGUCAGAAGACCAGUAUUGUGGGCACUCAGGAUGCUGUGCUAGCAUUAGAAGACGUUGACAUGGGUUAUAGCAUGCUGAGUCUGGGUGGCUCCAUGCUCCCUUAUCCACUGACCAGAAACCAGCUUUGAUGAAGGGAAGUAGAACUCUGAGAGCUCUCUUAAGUCAUGCUUCUGCACAUGGCAAAGAUUUGUGAGGAUUGCACCAAACCUGGUGCUUCUAACGUUCCUAAAAUACUAAUCUUAUUUAUUUCACUGCAUUCCCAGAUUGAUUGUACCAAACUCAACUGCUUUCUUCUGUUUCUUCUUAAAGUCUUCAUUUUCCUUCAGCCCUUCAUCGGAAAGGUUCUCUUCCCUUGUUAGAUAGUUAUUUGCCCUUCCUUUAUACUCUGUGUGUGCUGCCUCAUGGUCCUCUCUCCCUGUGCUCAGUAACUGACAGAUUUUCCUAGAAUAGUAGGAUUGGAGCUCCAACCACCCAUUGAAAAUACUAAUUCUGCACUAAUCUCAAAUCCAUGAAGGCUGGUGGAAGUCUGGGUGCUUCUCUCCUUCGUCUGAGCACACUACUGCCAUCUAGUUACAUCCACAGAUGCAAACUGCAUAACCAUGUGACUUAUUUGAAUUGGGAUAAGUGGUCCCAGAGUAGCUUAUACUAGACUUAGAAAUAAGAUUUUUUUUAUUCAUCUCUAACCUCCAUGCUUCAGAGAUGAUAUUCUCUAAAGAUUCCAGAGUGCCUUUAAGUCUCCCACCAGUCACAAGAAGAUAUUUGCUAACCCCUAACACUAAUAGUCUGCCUCUGAAAACUUUGUUUUAGUAGGGCUCCUGUACUUAAGAUCUUCCCUAGAUAUGACACCUAACUUGGAAUGGGAAACUAUGGAUUUUGUCUGUUAAGAAAGGGAAUUAAGAACAGCCUUAUGGUCCCUGCUCCUACAGGUGCCCAUCCGGCCUUAAAAAUGCUGGCGAAUCAGGUCAGAACUCUGCAUCCGCAGCAUCUCUGCCCAUGGUCAGAGGCAGUAAUGGUCUCUUGUGAAGUGUUUCUAUUUAGAGGUGUUUAUAUUUAAUAGUUAUUUUAUAAAUAAAAGCAUUUCU